AUGAUUUCCCUAAUUACGGCAGGACUGGGAUUGUUUACAGUUGUGAACGGUGCCAGAAUCACUCAAAGGAACAUACGAGCCAGCCUGGAGGGUCGAGGGGUACCAGCAAAUGCAACUGGGGUAAAGACUCUCGUUACACCUCAAAAUAUAACAAUUCGUUACAAGGAGCCUGGAAAAGAUGGUGUAUGCGAGACUACACCCGGUGUGAAUUCGUACUCGGGAUAUAUUGACCUUGAUGCCAACUCACACACUUUCUUCUGGUUCUUUGAAGCCCGAAACGAUCCUGCGAAUGCACCAGUUACUUUAUGGUUGAAUGGUGGACCAGGAUCCGAUUCUAUGAUCGGUCUCUUCCAAGAAUUGGGUCCUUGCAAUGUUACGGCAAACCUCACAACUGAGGUGAAUCCUUAUUCAUUUAGCGAAUAUUCAAACUUGCUGUUCCUUUCCCAACCUUUAGGUGUUGGUUUUUCAUAUGGAUCCGAAGGUGUUGGGAGUUUGAACCCAGUCACCGGUAUCUAUGAAAACGCUUCCUUUGCUGGGGCACAGGGGAGAUAUCCUGUCAUCAAUGCCACAGCCCUUGAUACUACAGAUCUUGCUGCAGUGGCCGCAUGGCACGUUUUACAAGGAUUUCUUGGUGGCUUACCCCAACUAGACCCGGCCGUAAAUCUUACAUCGAAGAAGGAAUUCAACUUAUGGACAGAGUCUUAUGGUGGCCACUAUGGUCCCGCAUUUUACAAAUACUUCUACGAUAGAAACCAGGAAAUCGCAAACGGUACUAUCGAAGGUAUCCAUCUAGACUUCAACACCCUUGGUGUUGGUAAUGGAAUCAUCGAUGAGUAUACUCAAGCACCCUUUUAUCCUGAGUUUGCUGUGAACAACACAUAUGGUAUUAAGGCUUAUAAUGACACAGUCUACAACUUUGCCAAAUUUGCUUUAAAUAUGGGCUCCGGUUGCCUUGAUCAGAUCAAUACGUGCAGAGCAACAAAUUUGACGACAGCUGCAGACCAAGCAAUAUGCACAGAGGCUGAGAAUAUGUGCAGAGAUAGCGUGGAAGGACCAUUCUAUGUCUAUGGAGGACGAGGAGCCUAUGACAUCAGACAUCCUUAUGACGAUCCAACUCCACCCACCUACUUUAUUGAUUUCCUAAACUUAGCUUCCACGCAGAAUGCUUUAGGAGUCAAUUUAAAUUACACCGAGGAUGCCAAUGAGGAAGUUUACUACGCUUUUCAGCAGACGGGAGAUUUUGUCUAUCCCAGUUUCUUGGAAGAUCUGGAAUAUCUACUCGCGAACGAUGUUCGAGUAUCAUUAUUCUACGGUGAUGCAGAUUAUAUUUGCAACUGGUUCGGAGGAGAAGCCAUCUCCUUGGCUGCAAACUAUACUCACAGCACUGAAUUUGCUGCAUCCGGUUAUGCUCCUUUCUUGGUUGAUGAAACAGAGUACGGGGAAGUGAGACAGUACGGAAAUUUUAGUUUCUUGAGAGUCUACGAAGCAGGCCAUGAAGUACCUUUCUACCAGCCAGUAGCGAGUUUAGAAUUUUUCAGACGGACAUUGCUCAAUCUCGACAUCGCGGAUGGAAAAUCGAGGAUUACAAGCAACUAUUCAAGCCCGGGUCUCGCUUCAGCUACUCACACUGAGCCUUUUGUAGCACUGCCAUCAUCGACAUCACGCUCUAUUGCGGCAGCUCUUGGAAUACCAAAUGGAUUGCCAAAUUGGCGUAUAUAG